AUGCGAACCGUGGCCCUCUUCGUGGUCCUCACCAUCUGUCUCAUCCAAUUGGUCCUCGCCGCAGAAGACUACUACAAGAUCCUGGGACUGGAUAAAUCCGCCUCGGAGAAGGACAUUAAACGCGCAUACAGACAUCUGAGCAAGAAGUUCCAUCCGGAUAAGAACCCAGGCGACGAAACGGCCCAAAAGAGAUUCGUCGAAAUCGCCGAAGCCUACGACGUCCUCUCCACCUCCUCGACACGCAAGAUCUACGACCAAUACGGCCACGAAGGACUCGAGCAGCACCGUCAAGGCGGCCGACAAUCGCACGACCCGUUCGACCUAUUCUCGAGAUUCUUCGGCGGCGGAGGCCACUUCGGCCAUGCGCCGGGACAUCGCAGAGGACCGGACAUGGAGCUCCGGGUCGGGUUACCGCUAAGGGAUUUCUACAAUGGACGGGAAUUCUCGUUCGGUGUGGAGAAGCAGCAGAUCUGUGAUGCCUGUGAGGGCACAGGGUCCGCGGACCGGGAGGUAGUCACCUGCGAUAAGUGUUCUGGACGCGGAAUAGUCAUCCAGAAGCAUCAGUUAGCGCCGGGCAUGUUCCAGCAGGUGCAGAUGCAUUGUGAUAAGUGUGGCGGACAGGGCAAGAUGAUCAAGAAGCCGUGUCCCGUAUGUCAUGGACAUCGGGUAGUUCGCCGCGAGGUCGAGACGCACGCGACUGUCGAGCCGGGGAUGGAUAAGGGGAUGCGGCUGGUAUACGAGAACGAGGCGGACGAGAGUCCGGACUGGAUCGCGGGCGACUUGGUGCUGAUUCUUGAGGAGAAGGAGCCGGAGCUGGGCGACGCCGAGGAACAUCGUACGGAUGGGACGUUUUUCCGGCGGAAGGGCAAGGAUUUGUUUUGGAAGGAGGCGCUGUCGCUGCGCGAGGCGUGGAUGGGCGAGUGGACGCGCAAUAUCACGCAUUUGGAUGGUCAUGUGGUUCAGUUGGGGAGGAAGCGUGGGGAGGUCGUGCAGCCGUUGUCGGUUGAGACGAUCAAGGGCGAGGGUAUGCCGCAUUACUCGGAUGGGCAUCUUCAUGAUAAUGAGGAUGAGGAUGAGGAGCCUGGGAACUUGUAUGUGGAGUAUGCCGUUAUUCUGCCGGAUGAGAUGGAGAGCGGCAUGGAGAAGGACUUCUUUGCGCUGUGGGAGAAAUGGCGCAAGAAGAACGGGGUUGAUUUGGGUCGCGAUAGUGGUCGGCCUAUGCCUCCUCCGCCGGUGAAGGACGAGUUAUGA